ACAGCUGACCCGCCAACACCAGUGCCAUUUUCCCACAGCUGAGUCUCGCCGCUUCUUCUGCUGCUGCAUUUCCUGCCAGAACUCCCUUAGCACGUCAAAAUGAACGCCAAUCCUGUGUAUUCCCCGUUCUUCGGCGCCAUGGGAGCUUCGGCGGCCAUGAUAUUCAGCGCCCUGGGUGCUGCUUAUGGCACAGCCAAGUCUGGUGUGGGCAUCGCAGCCAUGUCUGUGAUGCGGCCUGAGCUCAUCAUGAAGUGCAUCAUCCCUGUUGUCAUGGCUGGUAUCAUUGCCAUCUACGGCCUGGUAGUAGCUGUGCUCAUCGCUGGCAAGCUGGACUCUGCAGCCAAUGGCUACAGCCUCUACUAUGGCUUUGUACACCUGGGAGCUGGCCUCAGUGUGGGCCUGUCUGGACUGGCUGCUGGCUUUGCGAUCGGCAUUGUUGGUGAUGCGGGAGUGAGAGGAACAGCCCAGCAGCCUCGUCUCUUUGUUGGCAUGAUCUUGAUUCUUAUCUUCGCUGAGGUGCUGGGUCUGUAUGGUCUUAUCGUGGCCAUCUACCUUUACACCAAGACCUCUUCGUAAGGGCCCAGUCACCCCGCCACUCACCCACUUCCCAGGCAGCAAGUUGUGGGCACCUGGCUUUCUCCUCCUCAUUUUGGACCACCCAUGCCACGCCACUUACCUGCUCAUGGUGUGACAAGUUGUGUGUAAUUGUGCGUGUGUUUGUGAAUGUCGUUUGUAAGUGUGAGGUUUUGGUGGCGAUGGUAAGAUGGUGCUAAUCUGCUCAGCCCUUUCUUUCUUGCACCACUUCUUUUCUCUUCCUUAAAUUUCCUUGACACAGCAACACCACAGACAGUUGUAUCUAAUUAAGAGUUACAGCCAGCAUUACUCACCUGGACAGCCAAUGCAGUCUUGUCUAUGAAAUCAAUUAGUGCUGCAUUGUAUCUUAAAGGGUCCUCCUGUCUGGGGGCUGCAGCAGGUCAUGUACCAUCCAGUACUGGGGGACAGACUCACCUGGCAUUGGGGUGUUGCUGCCACCACGUACUCAGAGGCACCACCACCCCACGGAAUUGUGGGAUUUUAGAACAUCCAUCAGCUUCUCUUACCUUUUGUGCAGCCUUACAAGUCCAGUUUUAGUGUUUGGGCCUUACAGCUUCCUUCUGGUGUUUGGUGGGUUACUUAAAGGGCAACAGUAAGAGGGCUGUCUAGAGCAACAUGCCAAGACCAUAUCAUUUGGGUAUGAAUAUGUAUGUUUCAUGUGUUAUUUACUUAGCUGCUUCUUAAUCAACUUUAAAAGGUGUUUGCUCUAUUCUUACUGUAUUGGAAUCAUUUACUGCUCGCCCCAUCAACAUUAAAUGCAAGCAACUACCAUGACAAACCAAAAAACAUUAAAAAAAAGUCUUAUUUACACUUGAAACACACACACACACACUCACUAGACAUACAUCUAUACACAGUAGCUUCACAUAUUAACAACAAAUGUUAUGCAUAAUAUUACUGGUAACAUGUUGAUACCAGUUAUAACAGCACCACACUUUGGUCUGGUAUGGUUGGACCCAGUUUAAUUCAUUUUGUUAUUGUCACCAUCAUUGUCUCCACUACUACAAUAUACUAUUAUCAUUACUUAUUACUAUUACUGCUACUACUACAACUUCUACUACUAUUAUAACUUUUCUCUCUCAGUCUGCUAGGAACAACUUCUAGUGACUAGAAUCACUCUCAUUAUUAUUAUUAUUACUCAUUUUGUUUGAGGCCAUGUUUGUUGUGAGGUUGUUAGAAAAGUAUAAGAAAUAUUUAUUGUAGCCUUAGGUGCGUGGUAAUGGAGGACUGAUGGAACGGGCUGAGUCGUGGUCCUUAUUGAGCAGUAUUUCAGUGUUCUUGGGGCAAGUUGUCCCUGCUGAUAACAUCAUUUUAAUUUAUAUCAGUGGAAGGUUGUUGAAUUGUACAUUAUGAAAGAAAAGACAUUGAAGUACUUUAUUUGUAAGUUGUGUAUUAUUUUCAAAGCAUUUUUGUUUGUGUAAAGAAAUAAUAUAUACGAACAUAAUCCUAAACCAUUUUUAAAGUAUUUUUGUUUGUGUAAAGAAAUCAUAUAUAUGUGAACAUAAUCCUGAACAAAGUAUAUUGCUGCUAGUACUGUAGUGACUUUCAUGUGGAUACUAUUAUUAAAGCACAACUUAGUGGAGUAGAAGUUAGGAGGCAGGUUGUUACAUUCCAGUACAGUACUAGUGUAGCACUAAUAUAUGUCAGUCCUUCAUGAUGUCAGGCAUCAUCUUACUCUUAACAAAAAUUAUAUGCAAUGCAAUUGGAUUCAUAGAUCUGUCAAGUAACUUGUAAAUAAUUGUUCCUGACACCUAUGGACCAGAUAUCUGACCCAAGAUAAGCUAAAUUUAUUACUAGACUUUGGUCUCUUAAGAAAGGUACUUUUUUUUUUCUCCCAAGCAGGUUCAUUUUAAAGUUCAGACAAAUGGAGUGUGCAUGAUUCAUUGAUAAUUGGACUGAUUCCAGUUCCCUCCUUUCUUAAACCCCAUUAGUUGAAAAUUUUCCCCAACUCACAUGUCCCCAUAAACUGUUCUUAUACCUGUAUGUAAUACCGUGAAGUGAGUUUCACAAGGCUCAGCAGACAGCCAGUCAGUUACUCAAAGCCAGCCAUGGACAUCCUGGCUUAGGGCUUUGCCACAUCCAGGAUGCCUCAGGAGCAGGUCAGUCUGUCUCAGAGUGAACUGUUUUAUGGCCAGUCAUAUGCAACCUUGUGGCACUCAUACUACUACAGGUGUGAGAGAUGACAGGACUUGCUGGUUUUCAAUGAGUGAGUGUCACUAGAGACCUUUAGAAUCAAACCAGUAAUAAUAUUUUAAUGAAUAUAAUAUUACUUUUAAGUGGAGUAAUUUUAAAGAGCACAGUUCACUGUUGGCCAUAUGAACACUCCUCAGAGACACCCCUGCCUCACUCCCUCCUGAUCCCCAUGUUGCCUCCUCUUGUGUGUCGCCUUCUAUAUAAUACCACAAUACUCAGUGUCAGAUGCUAUUAUAUAAAUAUAUGUGAGAAGAGGAGGAGGAUGAUAUGACAAAAAGUUCAAGUCUGUAGUCCCUCCCCUCCCCUCCCUUUCCAAUCCCUACCUGAGUAACCUUACAGCUGAUUAAAAAAAUCAAUGUCUGAAUGUAAUGUGUGUGUUGUAUUCAGUGCAGCAGAAGUACUUUGUCUGUACAGUAAUUCUAGGACUAGAUUGAUGUAAAAAUCAUUCAUUAAAGUAAAUGUUCCA